CAUCAUCAAUUACGACGACGAAGAAGAAGACAAACCGGAAAAGAAACAGCACAGUUCGUGUUUUUCUGUGUCGGUGAAUUAUUUGUUUUUUUUCUGGAGAGAAACUCGCGGUUUUUACCCGAAAACUCAAAAUGGGGAAGCGGCAGCAUCAAAAGGAUAAAAUGUACAUCACGUGUACAGAGUACACCAACUACUACGGAGGAAAACGAAACGUGAUCCCUCAGGCAAACUUCAGACGCCUUCCAUUCGACCACUGCAGCUUGUCUCUGCAGCCGUUUGAGUAUCCUGUCUGCACGGAGGAGGGAGUCCUCUUUGACCUGCUGAGCAUUGUUCCGUGGAUUAAGAGGUUCGGCACUAAUCCGAUCUCUGGAGAGAAACUGGAAGCAAAGUCUCUGAUCAAACUCAACUUCGCCAAGAACAACGAUGGGAAGUAUCACUGCCCCGUUCUGUACAACAUCUUCACAAACAAUUCUCACAUCGUCACCAACAAGGUCACAGGCAACGUCUUCUCUCAUGAGGCUGUGGAGCAACUCAACAUUAAGACCAAGAGUUUUAGAGAUCUGCUCACCGAUGAACCCUUCGCCAGAAAGGACAUUAUCACAAUUCAGGAUCCAACAAACCUGGAUAAAUUCAAUGUUUCCGACUUCUUCCACGUGAAGAACAACCUGAAGGUUUUGGAUCCAGAUGAGGAAAAGGCCAAACUGCACCCGUCGUACCACCUGAAGACGACCAACCUCGAGACCAGGGAGACGUUAGCUGAGCUGUACAAAGACUACAAGGGCGACAAGCUGCUGGCGUCCACCAUGUUGGAGCCCGUGGCCAAGAAGACGGACAAGUUAAACGCUGCUCAUUACUCCACAGGCAGAGUUUCCGCCUCCUUCACAUCCACGGCCAUGACUCCGGCAACGACACACGAAGCAGACGCCAUCGCUGACGACACCGUGCGUUACCAGUACGUGAAGAAGAAGGGCUACGUCCGUCUUCACACCAACAAAGGGGACGUGAACCUGGAGUUGCACUGUGAUAAGGUUCCCAAAGCUGGAGAGAACUUCGUCCGUCUGUGUAAAAAAGGAUACUACGACGAAACGGUCUUCCACAGGUCCAUCAGGAAUUUCAUGAUCCAAGGAGGGGACCCGACUGGCACCGGUACAGGCGGAGAAUCCUUCUGGGGAAAACCCUUCAAGGAUGAGUUCCGGCCCAACCUGUCCCACACCGGCCGCGGCAUCCUCAGCAUGGCCAACUCCGGUCCCAACACCAACAAGUCCCAGUUCUUCAUCACAUUCCGGUCGUGCAACUACCUCGACAGGAAGCACACGAUAUUUGGAAGGGUCGUCGGGGGGUUUGAGGCCCUCACGGCCAUGGAGAACGUGGAGAGUGAUCCCAAAUCAGACAAACCAAAGUCGGAGAUCAAGCUCAUAAGUGCGACGGUGUUCGUGGACCCGUAUGAAGAGGCCGAUGCUCAGAUCGCAGCAGAACGAGCGAAGGAGCUGCAGAGGCAGGAGGAUGAGAAGGAGCAGGCCAGCGUCUCCCUGAAGAAAACCAAGGAGCGGCAGGCGCAAAAGACCUUCAAAGAGGGUGUGGGGAAAUACAUCAACCCUUCCAAAGUAGUAAAACGUCCGGCAGCUGAAGAUGAGAGCGGACCCUCCACCAGCGGAGCGUCCACCAGCGGAGCGUCCACCAGGGGACCCUCUACCAGCGGAGCGUCCACCAGGGGACCCUCUACCAGCGGAGCGUCCACCAGCGGAGCGUCCACCAGGGGGCCCUCUACCAGCGGAGCGUCCACCAGCGGAGCAGCUGCAGCCAAGAAGUCCAAAGGGAAGUCGAGUCUGGGAGACUUCAGCUCCUGGUAGCAGCGACACGUUCAGCUGUUCUGUAUUUUUACUGGUGAAGCUAAAUGUCGGCAGAAAUAAUCUGUCACAUCUGCAUUUUUAUUAUUGUUCAUCAUUUCUCAGUUUUGGUGUCCUGUGAAAGUUUCGAUUAAAGUUACGUUUUUCAAA